AUGUCAAAUGAAGGCAACCUACGGAAAACCAAUGGAAAUGGAACCUCAAAUGUUGAUAUAAUAGAUCCAGAUCUAGUCGAUCGAAAUAAUGAUGUUACCACAUUAUUAGCAGACCAAAUGGAACAAGAUAAUGAUGAUGAAGAAGAUAAAUUGGAUAAAGCAUUAAAUGAAUUGGAUAUGGCCAAAUUUGGGGUCGAGGAAGAUGAUAUGGAUAUAGAUGAUGAUGGAGAUGGAAAUUAUUAUUUUGAACAAUCAGAUGGAGAUUUUGAUGAUGACGAUGAUGAUUUUUUGCAAUUAUCAGGAGAAGAUGAUUACGAUGAUGAUUAUGACUUUAAAGAUGCUUUAAAAGGUGCAAGUAAUUUUAAAGUACGGAAUAGAAGAGAGAAAUUAUCAAAAUCUAAUAAAUCAUAUUUUAAAAAGAGAAUGGCUAGAGAAACGAAUAGAGAAUUAGAUCCAGAAGUAAGAAUGAAUUUAUCGAUGGCUAAUGAAGCAUUUGUUAGAAAUGAUUUACAAGUAGCACAACAGUUGUAUAAAGAAGUUAUUAAGGGGGAUCCUAGAAAUUUUAGUGCUUACAAGUCAUUAGGUGAAAUAUACAAAACUAUGGGUAAAUUAAAUGAAUGUUGUAGUUCUUGGUUAUUGGCAGCAAAUUUACAUCCAUGGGAUACUGAAUUUUGGGGUCAAGUUGCAGAAUUAUCAGUAGAAUUAGAACAUAUCGAUCAAGCAAUAUAUUGUUAUACAAGGGCUAUUACCCCUGAUACAAACAAAAGUGCAAAAUAUAUUUUAGAAAGAGCCUUAUUGUAUAAAGAAAAAAAAUCUUAUGGUAAAUCAUUAGAUGGGUUUCAAAGACUUCGUCAAUUAUGGCCUAAAAAUUCUAAUAUUAUUAAAUAUUUAGCAAGUGUUUAUGUUGAUCAAAAGAGAUUGAAUGAUGCGAUUAAUUUAUACAUGAGAAUUUUGGAUAGUAACAUUCAACCUGAUCCAACAUCUGAUGAAAUAUAUCCGGAUUUCGGCUGGCCCGAAUUAAAUAUUUUGUUGGAAUUGCAUAUGCAACAUCGUUCAUUCAAACUCGGUAUUAAUGUAUUGAAAUUAGCUGCUAGAUGGAUUCAAGGUAGGAUGAAUGAAAACUCGUAUUGGGAUGAAGAUGCUGAUGAUGAAUUUGAUGCUGAAAAGAGAUUUAAAAAUAAAUUGAAACUAAAACCUGCUGAAGAAGAAGCAUUUAAUUCUAAACCUUAUGAGUUACCCAUUGAUAUUAGAUUCAAGUUAGGUUUGUUGAGAUUAGGAUUAGAUCAAAAAGAUGAAGCAUUGGGACAUCUUAAUUAUUUAUUGAUUGGAGAUCAAGAAGAAAUUGCAGAUUUAUUCUAUGAAGCUGGUAAAAAUUUAUCUGAAUUUGGUUAUUAUGAAGAAGCUGUGACCUUUUUGGAGAAAGCUCUGGCUGCUCCAGGAAUGGUUGAAACCGAUUUAGUCAGCUAUCUUGGUAAAUGUUAUUUUGAAGUUGGAGAUUAUGAAGGAGCUGAACAUGCUUUUUCUCAAUUAUUGAAUUAUGAUCGAAAAAAUGUUGAUUAUAAAUUAGCAUUAGCUGAAACAUUGUAUCAUUUAGGUGAUGACGCCCAAGCAAAAGCUUUAAUUAAAGAAGUGAAAAGAGACACAUCGAGGGAUGAUUCAGUUGGAGACGAGAUAGAAUUAGAAGAACAAAAAGGUUUGUCCAUUAUCAAAAAUAAAGUUCGAAAAACAACUAGAAAAAGAUACACUGAACAAGAAAAGUUAGAAAUGGAAGCCAAUGCAACUUCCAAAGUAUUAGAGAAAUACCGUCGUAUGGAAAGAUUACAAGAAGCUAUCAACGAGGGCGAUAGAGUUGCAAUAUCAGCUUGGAUUCAAUUGGCUUCACAAUUGAUUGAAAUGUUUACAAAUGUGAAAAGUUUUUUCCCCAAAGAUAAGUCGAAAAAAUUUAAAGGAAUUUUAAGAUAUCGUUCGAAUACUCAAAUGAAUCUUGAUGACAAAUUAGCUAGAGCUUAUAAUUUGUUGGAAGGUAUAAAUGAAGAACAACCAUAUAGCAAACAAAUUUUAGUCAAUAAAACAGAAUACAGAGGAAUAACCUAUGACCAAUGGUUUGAUAUCUUUGCUCAAUUUGCAUUAGUUCUAUCAAUAUAUGAAAGUAAUUCAGCUUAUGCUAUUGAUAUUAUUAACAUUGGGUUGGCCGCAAACAUUUUUGCUCAUGAUAAAGCCAAAGAAUCUAUUUUAAGAUUGUUAAAGUUUAUGUUUGUUUAUUCACAACCUAAAUCAUUUGAUAUGGCAUUUCAACAAGUAAGAGUAUUUUUAUUGAAUAAUCAAUUUUCACCUUUUAUGUGUCAAUUUUUUUUAGCUUGUUGUUCUUUAUCAGCAUUUGGAGAAAAUGCUCAUUAUAAUCAUCAAAAAUUUUUCCUUCGUCAAUUAAAAUCUUAUGAUUAUUGCUAUAAAAAAGAAGAAAUUAGCGGAAGGUCGAAUAUAACUGCUGAUUUAACUAAUGUUGAUCUUGGACCAGCUCAUCUUGAUAUAAUAUAUAUAUAUGCUACAUUACUUGGAGGAAAUAAAAGUUAUUCUUCAGUGGUAUUUUAUAUCAAUAGGGCGUACAAAUAUUUCAACAAAGACCCAAUGCUUUGCCUUUUACUAGGGUUAGCACAUGUGCAUAGAUCCAUGCAAAGAUUAAGUACGAAUAGAAAUAUUCAAUUACUUCAAGGGUUAAGUAUAUUUCUAGAAUACAGAGACAAUAGAUUGCAAAAUAAUUCAAGUCCAUAUGAAAGACAAGAAGUUGAAUAUAAUUUUGGGAGAUUAUUCCAUAUGCUUGGGUUGACUUCAUUAGCAGUUGAAUUUUAUAAUAAGGUUUUGGAAAUACUGAAAAAUGAUAUUGAAGAACAAGAUGAAGAUGUAUAUGACUUAAAAUGGGAAGCUGCUUAUAAUUUGCAAUUGAUUUAUACUAUUAAUGGUAACAACCAAUUAGCUAAAGAAAUUAUCGAAGAGUAUCUAGUCAUUUGA